AUGUCUACCCAAAAACCUUCAUACAUCCUUGUGACUGGCGCCACAGGAUUCAUCGGUGCCCAUGUCGUCGACAAUCUCCUGGCUCGCGGAUUCUCAGUCCGUGGCUCCACAAGAUCAAAGCAGAAGGGAGAGCAAAUGAAGGCUGCGCGGCCACAGUAUGCCUCAAAGCUUGACUUUGUCGUUGUAGAAGACUUCACCCAGAUCGGAGUCUUCGAUUCUGUAAUGGAUGGCAUCGAUGCAGUCAUCCACGUAGCAAGCCCAUUCUUCUAUGAUACCACCAAUAACGAGCAAGAACUGAUCUUGCCCGCUAUCAACGGAGUCAAAUCCAUCUUCUCUGCCUCCGCCCAGCCAGGAUCCAAAGUCCAACGAAUCGUCAUGACAUCCUCCUUUGCCUCGGUGAUCAACCCAACCAGCACUCCCCCCGCGGGAUUCACAUAUACCGCGGCGAACUGGAACCCCCUGACAUACGAGGAGGCUGUCGACCCGAAAUCCGAUUCCGUCACCGCAUACCGCGGCUCCAAGAAGUUUGCCGAGAUUGCAGCGUGGGAUUUUGUUAAGGAGCACAAGACCCAAUUCGACUUGGUCACUCUUUGUCCUCCUAUGGUCUUCGGUCCCGUUGUGCACCCCGUGCCAACGGUGGAGCAGCUUAACGAGUCAAACAUGAUGCUUUGGAAGGUCGCCGCAGGCGCAAAUCCUCUUCCUCGCGCGAUGGUGCCUGCUUGGAUUGAUGCGCGCGAUCUUGCCGAGGUGCAUGUUCAGGCUCUCCUCUCGCCCGAGGCGGGUGGGAAGAGAUUCAUUGCUGCUUCAUCGGAGCCGUUCACGUACGAUUUUGCUGCGGAUAUUAUUCGUGAUGAAUUCGAUUGGGCAAAGGAGACUGUCACUACGAAUUACAAGAUGGGCGAGAAGCCCAACCCUGCUUAUUCGGUUGAUGGAGAGACAGUAGCUCGGGAGUUUGGAGUGAAAUAUCGGCCGUUCAAGGAGACUGUGGUUGACCUGGUUGGACAGAUUCGGAAGCUCGCGGUAUAA